GCUCGGCUGGGAUUCCCCCGGCGGGUAAUGCCCGGCUGGGCCGGCGCAGGGUGCUGAGGAGCCCGGGGCCCAGCAGCCGCGAUGACCCCCGAGAAAGUGCUGAGGGAGGGGGUGCUGGAGAAGCGGAGCGGGGGGCUGCUGCAGCUCUGGAAGAAGAAGCGGUGCCUGCUGACCGAGAAGGGGCUGCAGCUCUUCGAGCCCAAGGGCUCGCGGCGCAAGGAGCUGAGCUUUGCCCGCAUGAAGGCUGUGGAGUGCGUGGAGUGGAAGGAGCGGCACAUUUACUUCACGGUGGUGAUGGACGACAGCCUGGAGAUCGAUUUCCGCUGCGCCCAGGAGGACCCGGGCUGGAACGCCGAGAUCGCCAUGGGGCUGGUGCGCUUCAAGAACCAGCAGGCGAUGCAGGAGGUGCGCGCCCGGCACAGCUGCCGAGCAGUGGUACAGCUGGACACAGCCCCGGUGGGGCAGCCCCGGGAAUCGCAGCUUCCCAGGAGCCGGAUGGAGAUGGCGCUCGGCUCGGCAGGCGCUGGGGAGAACGGGAUCCCUGCGGGCAAGUGAGGUCACAGCUGUGCAGCCCGGGGACGAGGACAGUGGCCCCGGGGAGGCCGGUGCUGGCGCUGGCUCCCCCCUUGCCGGGGCAGGACAGAGGCACCGCAGGAGCUGGGCUGGCACAGCCACCUCCCCUCGGCACAGCGGGGCACAGGACACAGGCAGGGCCACCACCUGGCACUUCAGACAAGGCAGGAGGUGACAUCCCUGCCUGGGGCCCCACCGCCCUUCAUUCAGCUGUGUGCAGGACCCGAUGCACUGCUGGGGAUCCCAGGCUUCUCCUGCAGGACAGGGGAUGGAUGAGGCUGUGCCCGAAGGAUCUGUGCCACAGGGAGCUCUGCCUGUGUGACAGUGACACUGGGACAGAUGGAUGUGGCUGGGCCCCAAUUUUAAAAAGGGGCUGGAAAGCUGCUGCUGCAGCAGGGAGCCCUCAGCAGGGCACUGAAACGAUGCUGUGGUGACACAGCCAUGCUGCUGGACAUUGUCUCACCCUGGGAUGUCCUUGCGCUGUGGGGGAAUGGUCGGGACCCCAAUUCCCUGUACCAAAACUGUCCCUUAAAAGGACUUUCAGCUUCU